AUUAGAACACUCUAGAGUCCAGAGUGUAGUCAUCCAAAUUCAUCAUAAUCAGUUCGAUCGCUCCUACUUUUUCAUUAUAACAUAAUAACAUAUUCAUCAAUUAUUUUGCUUAUGUAUUUGUAACCAUAGGGUUUCGAUUUUGAUUUGAAUUCGAUCACCGGUUAAUCAUGUCUCUGAGGCCAAACGCCAGGACUGAGGUUCGCCGGAACCGGUACAAGGUGGCCGUAGAUGCGGAGGAAGGAAGGCGGAGGAGGGAGGACAAUAUGGUUGAGAUCCGUAAAAACAAGAGAGAGGAGAACUUGCUUAAGAAGCGUCAAGUUCAGCCGUCGUCACAGCCGCUGUCUACUGGUGCUCCUAUACAAACCGCCACAAUCGAGAAAAAGUUAGAAAGUCUUCCUUCAAUGGUUGCUGGAGUCUAUUCAAAUGAUGGCAAUAUGCAGCUAGAGGCAACUACCCAGUUUCGUAAAUUGCUCUCUAUAGAAAGGAGUCCACCAAUUGAAGAAGUUAUACAAUCUGGAGUUGUGCCUAGGUUUGUAGAGUUCCUAAUGAGGGAGGAUUUUCCACAGCUUCAGUUUGAAGCUGCUUGGGCACUCACAAAUAUAGCUUCUGGCACUUCUGAGAAUACCAAGGUGGUAAUUGAUCAUGGAGCAGUUCCAAUUUUUGUAAAGCUUCUUGCUUCUCCAAGUGAUGAUGUUCGUGAACAGGCUGUUUGGGCAUUGGGGAAUAUUGCUGGAGAUUCACCAAAAUGUCGUGAUCUUGUCUUAGGUCAAGGUGCUUUAAUGCCUUUAUUGGCUCAAUUGAAUGAACAUGCUAAACUUUCAAUGCUGAGAAAUGCCACCUGGACAUUAUCAAACUUUUGUCGUGGAAAACCACAACCGCCAUUUGAGCUGACGAAACCAGCACUUCCUGCAUUGGAAAGACUUGUUCAUUCAAAUGAUGAAGAGGUGUUGACAGAUGCAUGUUGGGCUCUCUCUUAUUUGUCUGAUGGCACAAAUGACAAAAUUCAAGCUGUAAUUGAGGCUGGUGUCUGUCAACGUCUUGUUGAGCUCCUCCUACAUCCUUCUCCUUCAGUAAUCAUUCCUGCACUUCGAACUGUUGGGAAUAUUGUUACAGGCGAUGAUCACCAAACUCAGUGUAUUAUUGAACAUGGUGCACUUCCGUAUCUGUUGAGCUUGUUGACACAUAACCAUAAAAAGAGCAUCAAGAAAGAAGCCUGUUGGACUAUCUCAAACAUCACUGCUGGAAACAAAGAACAAAUACAGGCUGUUAUUGAAGCAGGGUUAAUUGGUCCUUUGGUGAAUCUGCUUCAGACAGGUGAAUUUGACAUAAAGAAAGAAGCUGCUUGGGCAAUAUCAAACGCCACUUCUGGUGGAAACAAUGAACAGAUCAAGUAUUUGGUGAGUCAGGGAUGUAUCAAACCCUUAUGCGAUCUCCUUGCAUGUCCGGAUCCACGGAUCGUGACUGUUUGUUUAGAAGGACUUGAAAACAUUCUGAAAGUAGGUGAAGUGGAGAAGAAUUUGGGUCAAAGUGGUGAUUUAAGAUUCUCGAGACGUAUUGGUUGGAAGAAGAAGAUGAACAUGAAGGAGGAGAUGUUGCUCUUGCUCAUGCUCAACCCGGGUUUAAUUUUGGUGGAAAUAAUAUUCAACUUCCUUCUGGUGGAUUCAAUUUCAACAAUUGAAGUUGUAGGUUUUUGGAGGAAGUAUAGUAUGUUGGUGUGGUCAAAGGUCAACGGUCAAUGGUCAAGAGUCAAGUCCAAGUCCGGUCAGGUCGGGUUUUGUCGGUUGAGUGCAUCUUGGGCAGUCUGGUUACCCGUUACAAUAUAA